AUGUCCCAAGUUCGCAUCCUCUUUGAGUACCCUUCCGUCGGCCGCAACGUAGUCUCUCAGUCUGCCCCUGGUGUCAACCGUCCCACCUACGGCCCUGACCCGGAAGUCUGUCUGUAUGAGGGCGACUCGGGUAGUGACAGUGAAGACUACGAAAGCGAAGACGAGCUUGGGGAACCACGUCUUGACUGGCAUCCUCAUGCCAUCAACUUCCUCGCUGAAGUUCCUCAGGAUGACGCCACUUGGUCUCGUUACCUCAACUCCAACGGGGAUGUCCGCUCUCUGUGCCACCGUCUCCGACUUCCCUUUCUCUACCCUGGCAUCAGGGAUUGCUUUGACUGGGGGAAGCUCUUUGGAGAGUGCAAAUGGCACCUCGCCCGGGCAUGCGAGAACCCUCCCCUGGCGUCACUCUUCUCCCUCAUCUUCAUCGCUGCAUGCCACGUCGCCCUGGCCGAUGGCUGCCCCCGCGAGAUUGUCUCCAGUGGCAUCAGGGAGUGUGUCAGGCAGUGCGGCAUCUGGGAGUACGAGCUCACGGAGCCCAUGCUCGACAGACUCCGAGAAGGUGCCGUCAAGGGCAUCAUGAUUCUCACCGAGUUCGCGAGGGUCGUUGGGUCUCGCGCAUAUGAGAUCCCCCUUCACACUCCUAAUUGUUUCCAGCUGUUCUCCCGAUGUACUCCAGCGUGCAUAACCUUUGUCAAGAGUCAUAUCCCGUCCACAUACCGACCAACAACCCCCCUGGAGGCCGACUGCCUCGAGAUCCCAUCCCUAGUGUACGACAUACUGGGGGGGUCUAAAUCAAAGUGGGAGUAUCGAGAAAUUUGCGAGAUCCUGCAACCUGAGGGAGUGCCGAUGCCUCUGUACAAGAGCAUCUGUAUGGGUGAUGUUCUGGAGUUGGAUGAGAGUGAUGAGUGCGUGAGUGAUUUUGACGGGCCUGUUUCUUCGUUCAAGUAUGAGUACGCGUGUGCGUUUCCGUAUCCAAUGGGCAUGUUCAGGGAAAAUGGCUUGGAGGGUUCCAAGUCUCGGGGUUUGUCUCUGUGA